AUGUACGAUGUAACUUGCGUCUUGGUUUUUGGUAGUCCGCGGGGGGCAUCUGUUCGGCCAGUCGGAAGCGGUGAACCGUGGACUGAGCCGCUUGUGAUGGUGGCUGGCUCUCGCACAUGUAUUCCGCUACUUGGCGGUAUGAUGCUGGGAGCGCUGCUCGCUAUGCUAUUGUUUUCACCAGAUGAUACGGCGACGAUAGGCGAUGCAGCAUGUCCUCCACAGAGUGCACCACAGAAGCAAUUCGUCGAUGUGAGCGAGCAUUGGACUGUACAUCUGGACAAUAUGCCAUCACCGCCACCAAAUCAGGAUGCGACACCGAAGGUAGUCAGGGCUAGGUUCGCAGCUACUGAAUUGGGUAUUCGUGAGCGCUUAAUGGUUGGAGUAUUGGCUGAAUCAUCAUUAGCAGUUGCAAUGAAUGCAUCUCUUGGACGACACGUGCCCAGAAUCCACGUUUUUGCUGACGCCAGCCGGAUUGACACUGAUUUGGCCCAACUUACAAAUCUUAGCCCCUAUAAGCCAAAUGGUCAGAAGUCGCAUGUUUUUGUUCUGGGAUUAAUAUUCAACCUAACUUUUCACGAGAACUUCGAUUGGUUCCUGCUUGUUCGUGACUCAACGUACAUAAAUCCUUUUGAGUUGAAUCGUUUCAUCAAUAGUGUAAACUGGAACCAACCAGUACUCAUUGGUCAACCAGCGGACGAUGGUAGCGGUCGUUGUAUGAUGGAAGCUGGUGUAAUUUUGAGCAACCCUGCUAUGCAAAAACUUAUCCAACAAAGACAUGCUUGUAACCUAUUAGCAAGCGGUUCGGACGCUGAUCAACUGGCUUUUGAGAAAUGUUUGCAAUUAGCAACUAAUCUGUCCUGCAUUAGCGAAUAUCAGGGCCAACCGUACAAGGUUUGGCGCGUUGAUGGUACGCAAACAGCACACGAUGCGAUCGAUAAAUGGCGUGAUCAUGAAUCAUUCAAUAAAUCAAUAGCGGUUACGAAGUUGCUCUCAGAUGCUGAUGCAUCCGCUCUACAUGAUCACUUCAAGGACACCGAUGAAGGUCCAACUUGGCCCGCUGCCGUUCCCGCGUACAGUAAACCGCCAAAUCGUUACCAAGUGCCAACUUGGGAAUUCUUCACACUAAAGGAUAUUUUUCGCAGCGAACCUAAUCAAAACGUACGACCACUAGAAGGGAAUGAUCGUGACGAUGUAAUGGAGGUUGUGGCCGCAGCCAGGCAACAUGCGGAGUCUGAAGAACCCGAUUUGGAGUUCAUACAAGUCCGAAACGGAUACAGAUUGUUUGAUCCUCAGCGCGGAAUGGAUUAUAUGGUCGACCUUGUCUACAAGGAUGGCGCCACUCAAGCCACUGUCGAACGACGUGUGCACUUAUGCCGAAUGGUCGCUGGGACUCAACUAAUGAAUCAGGUUCCUUAUGUGAAAGAAGACACGGAUAUGACUAUAGUAGUUCCGGUAAGCGAUGAGUCAGAAGUUCUUCCAGCUCGACGCCUACUGGCUAGACAUGCACGACUCUGCACAGCUCCGGCUGAAGAAACAAGGAAGACAAGAGUAGUCGUUGCCCUACUUCCUGGCAUUGACCCACGAUCGGCUACAAAUAUUGGGAAUGAUUUGGAAGAACUGAAAAGAAGAUGCAAACGAUCCGGUUUGGAGUCGGAUUUGUUACAAUUGCAAGGAUCUUCUGCCGAAAAAACUCACGAUGGAACAUCUGGAGAUGUGGGCGGCGGCAGUGCAGCAUUAGAUGAGGCGAUCGAUCGUUACGGAAGUGGAUCGAUCUUUUUGCUAUUAUCUCCAUACGCAGAUGUUCAAAAGGAAUUUCUUGAUCGGGCUCGUAUAAACACGAUCAAGCACUACCAGGCAUUUUUCCCAAUACCUUUUGUCGAGUACCAUCCAACAAUAUCAGGAAUGGAUGUGGAAGAACAUGAGGUACCCGCCGAUCAAAAAGAGGCUCGCGAAGCAGCGCUGGCACGUCUUCGCGAUUCGUCUCCACCGAAGCGAAAGAGACCGCUCAUAGUGCAAAAGGACCACGGUCGAUUCGAUUCCCUUGAUUUUUCUUGUAUGGCUGUUUAUGGUUCGGAUUAUGUGACAAUGCGACCGAAGCUGUCCGGCAAGAGGCUGGAUCUGAUUGGAGCUUUCCUGAAUCAGGAUGAAGUUCAUGUUCUUCGUGCGGUCGAGCCAACACUUAGAUUGAGAUAUCAUCAGAAGACAUGCGAUUCUGAUCUUGUAGAGGAAGAUUAUUCAAGGUGUAUGGCAAGUAAGCGAGAAAAUGUUGCAGCUAAAGAUCAGCUGGCUCGACUUCUUUUUCAUGAAGAAUAA